UAGUACAUAUUUUAUUUAUAGGACCACGCACUGCAUAGGACCAAGCCAUUUUUACAGCGAUCGUCAGACGAACCUGAAGCCGUCAUCGUAGAACUGCACCAGACAACAAGAAACAAAUAUGUUUUCCACAAAAUUUUUAAUCGCGUUCGCGCUUUACAGUCUGGUCUUGGACACCGCUUCGGGAAAACCGUUUGCUGAAGGACUGAUUGCGUGCAAGAGAAGCGACCCGAAAUUGGACGAAUGUCUGUUGAACAUCCUUAGACAGACUAAACCUCAGCUCAUGCAAGGUAACCCGGAACUGAAUCUACCGCCAUUGGACCCUGUACACAUCCCCAAGGUUUCGGUGUACAAGAACUUGCAAGACAUCCGGGUGACUGGACAGCUAUCCAACUUGACGGCUAAAGGCGCCAGUUUGAUUACUUUCAAAUCGUUAAAAGUAAAUUUGAAAGCAAAUACGUGGGACAUGGUCAUAGCGAUUCCCCUCGUCACGUUCGUCACGGACUUCGAUCUGAACGUCACGUUAAAAGUUAUUCCCAUGUCCGUCUUCGGAAAUGGACUGUGUGACGGAAAAAUCAGUCACAGCAUUGUUCGAUUUCACGCCAACACCGAAGUAAAAGACGGUAAAUUGAAGUUGAACGAUAUAAAAAUCAACCUGAACCUCGGCGACGUGGAAGUGCACAUCAUCAAAUCGCAAAACCCAGCAUUAGCGCAAACGACUUCACAGUUUUUCAACACGAACAAGCGCCUGGUUCUAGACUUGGUAACGCCGGUCGCCGAGGACGUGGUCCGACAGAUGUUGCUCCGGUUCGGUAACAGAAUUCUGUCCAAUGUGGAAAUCUCAGAUCUCUUGAUUGACUGAGCCGUCGACGUCUUCGUGCGAUAUAUCGGGACGGUUAUGUGUCAUAUAUACGUGCAACAGUCAUUAUUAUAUUAUCAUUAAGCACCUUCCUUGACCAAAAAAAGUACCGUGCUAAUAUAUGUAAUUAUAGACUAUUCGAUUGCCUAUUCGACCUAAAUCCUCCGACAUAUGCGAUCGAGUAGAUAUUAUCACGGGUAGUUGUAUCGCAAUUUAUUGUUUGUAUGAAUUGUAUGUGUCGCAAAAGCUGUAUAAUAACAAUAACUUAGUUAUAUUAUAAUAUUAUACGUCAAUUUUAGAAACGAAACUACCUAACGCGUUUCGCUGUAUAGUGCGUAUGUAUGCAGACUUACAGUAUACCUAUACAAUAAUAUUAUCAUUAGUACCGAUUAGGAACACUUAUCGUUGUACAGUGUUGUGGUAUAUUAAUAUUAAUACUAAUUAUGAAUUAAGUUUAUAUAUAUAUAUAUUUUUUUAGACUAUAUUUUUAACUGUAUUACAGAGAUUUAUUAUCAUAAUAUGUAACCCUUGUAAUUAAUUAUUUAUUAUAUGAUAUCUUGACAAU